AUGACGGAGAAGGGUGAAGGGCACAAACGCUCCAGAAGUGCCUUGGCGCUUGCAAUUCUGCACCGUGAUAAAUCGAGGGACGGCCACGAGGGGACGCCUGGCCACGAUAGUGGUUCGCCCGAAUCUGUUGCUUCUGCUCCCGUAAACGAUCCGCCACAUUUCCCUGCUCUAGCUGCCACUCAAAGUUCAACCCAUCGAAAGUCCCGUCAAGAAGUAAACACUCCCCUUAUGCCGGACGAGAACUCCUUGGAGCAGGUACGCUCCAAUCAAAGCGGCGAUCAUAUCGAGAGGCUGCCUGCAUUGACAACUGCAGACAGCAUUAGUAUGUCGCUAGACCAGUCUGUAAGGACAUUUAGACUUUUUGAGAUCCUGCGGAGUGGGGAUACAACCGCGAUAUCAAAAGCUAUCAAAGAGACUAAAGAUCCUCAGGGAGCAAACAGUCUCUCUGGAACGACUAUGCUCCAUUUAGCGAUCCAAUGCGCCGAACCGCAGGUUGUGGAAUACAUUCUUUCUAGUGGCUAUGAACUCGAUAUCAACGCGCGCGAUAGAGAUGGUAAUACACCACUCCACCUCGCCGCCCAGCUCGGAAGAGGAUCUUUAGUUCGUGAGCUACUAAAUCGACCUCCUCUCAAUGACUCAAUUGUCAACUACCGUGGCCAAACCGCUCUAGAUGUUGCCCGCACCCCAGAGAUCUUUCAACAACUUCAGCUUGCACGAUCGCUCUUUAUUGACGGCAAGUCACAAGAAAUCCAGUCACUCAUCUCCAAGGGUGACUAUGAACAGCUAGAGAAGGUACUGGAAGAGCCACGGGUUGAAGGAAUCAUGGAUAUCAAUAGUUUGGACCUGGUCACUGACACUGCGACUGCUCAGUCCGGCGGCACUCUGCUGCAUGAGGGUGCCAGGAGGAAAGAUACGAAACUCAUUCAGCUAUUACUGAUGCAUGGGGCAGAUCCCUUCCGUCGCGACAAAAAGGGUAAAUUACCACAGGAUGUCACAAAGGACGACAGGACACGUGCAAUAGUCAAAAAGUCUCCCGCUGCUGUCAUUGCUCAGCGCGGCAUCCAAGAGAAGGCCAUUCUUGGGACCAAUUCGGGUCAAGGCGUUUUGGGCCGAGCUAGUGUAGGGGAGGCACCUUUUGCAGGAAAGGAUUCUCGCGAAAUGAGGGGCUACUUGAAGAAAUGGACAAACUACACUAGUGGCUAUAAACUGCGGUGGUUUGUACUCGAAGACGGCGUGCUUAGCUAUUAUAAGCAUCAAGAUGACGCCGGGUCCGCAUGUCGUGGUGCUAUUAAUAUGAAAAUUGCUAAACUCAACAUGGACUCGCAAGACAAGACUCGAUUUGAAAUUCAUGGCAAAUCAUCCGUCAAAUACCACCUUAAAGCUAAUCAUGUUGUCGAGGCAAAGCGUUGGUUUUGGACUCUCAAUAACGCUAUACAGUGGGCAAAAGAUGAGGCAAAAGAGGAAGAGAGACGCCAAUCUCGGCAUGCCGAGGUGCUCCGUCAAGCCAAGAUCGAACAGAUUGAGGGACGAACAGCUGAUAGCUCAUCCGAUUCACCCUGCCUCGCUGCUACCAAGUCUAGCGGGAAGGGCCUUACUGCUCCAUCUCUAGGUGUUUCAGGUAGUAGUGUUACAAGACUUAGCGCCCAGGUGUCUCGCACAACGCUGGAAAGCAUACCUGCAGAUGAGGAAGGCUCUUUCCGAGGAUCAUACGACCAGGGUGUCCUGCAAAAUGAGGUAAAUCGGGUGGCCAGCCAUGUAGCUACUGUGCCGGAAGGCGAGGGUGAUGAUGAUGAUUAUGGUGAUUAUGCAUCCAGCCGGGAUGUGCCAAUGGCUGAUAAAGACGCUUUGAACAUCACUGCACAGUCUGCAAAUCUUCAACUUGAUAUCCUCGCGGGUGUAGCGUCCUCACUGCAAACUGAGAAGUCGAGGAACCCAAGCUUGUCGCUCGCGGACUCGGCAGUUGAUCAAGCUCUAGCUGCUUAUGAAGCAGCUGUGAGUAGUCUCCAGGGGCUAGUGCAAAAUCUCCUCAAGAUAUCCCGGGAUCGUGAUGCCUACUGGCAGUAUCGAUUGAAUAGGGAAGCGCAUCUCCGUAAGAUGUGGGAAGAAAGUAUGGCACGGGUUGCGCAGGAACAUGAAGAGUUACAGUCAAAGAUGGGAGAAUCUGAGGAGAAGCGCCGACGUACGAAGCGUGCCCUCAAGGAAGCCUUAGAGGUCUCGUCAGCAACCACUAGUUGUGCUGUCGGUAAAGCGCCAUCUCGUAUGGCAUCUACAGGUGAAGAAGGGUAUGGGAUUGAUGAACGGAUAGAGGCACAUGCUCCAGGAGCUGAGAGUCCUUCUCAGGUUGAUGAGCAAGCCGGGCGACCACUUCGGCGUAAGAAGUCGACUCUUUCUCAGAUCAGUGAUCUGUGUGAUUCGGCAUCGGAUGACGAGGACGAAUUCUUCGAUGCGAUUGACUCCGGGGAGAUCGAAGUGGAGAACUUAGCACAUACAGAAACAAGUACCGAAAAGGAAAAAUCGGUGGGAGAAAGAACCGAAUUGAGGGCCAUAAAACGGCUGGAAAUAGCACCAUCGUUCAAAGGAUAUGAGGAACCUAUCAGAACGAAAUUGAAGAUGGAUUAUGAUAAUCGGCCAAAAAUAUCCUUGUGGGGCAUUCUGAAAUCGAUGAUUGGGAAAGACAUGACCAAGAUGACUCUGCCAGUUUCCUUCAACGAACCUACGUCUUUACUACAACGUGUGGCUGAAGACUUGGAGUAUGCGGAUCUUCUUGACGUGGCUGCUGAUCGAUCUGAUUCAAUGGAACGCAUGGUGUAUGUCGCUGCCUAUGCGGCGAGUGAGUACGCCUCGACAAUAGGCCGUGUUGCCAAACCGUUCAACCCUCUUCUGGGAGAGACAUUUGAGUAUGUCAGGCCCGAUAAAGGCUACCGGUUCUUCGUUGAGCAAGUCAGCCACCACCCGCCAAUUGGUGCUGCCUGGGCGGAAUCGCCAAAGUGGGAUUAUUAUGGUGAAUCUGCCCUUAAGUCCAAGUUCUACGGGAAAUCCUUCGAUAUCAACCUUCUUGGAACCUGGUUCCUGAGGUUACGCCCUGCUUCGGGAGGCGAAGAGCUCUACACGUGGAAAAAAGUCACCUCGUCUGUCAUUGGCAUUAUUACUGGUAACCCCACAGUUGACAACUAUGGGUUAAUGGAGAUCAAGAAUUGGACGACCGGCGAGGCCUGCUACCUUGAUUUCAAGCCAAGGGGCUGGAAAGCCUCGUCUGCAUAUCAGGUGGCCGGUAAGAUCGUAGACAAGGGCGGAUCCCCGAAAUGGAGCAUUGGUGGCCGUUGGAACGACAAGAUUUUUGCUCGCCAUACUCCUGGAUAUGAGGUGGAUGUAUCCAGUCAAGACCCGGAGUCGUCUAAGGCGUUUUUGGUAUGGCAAUGCCACUCCCGCCCAAGCGGUAUCCCGUUCAACUUAACGCCUUUCGUUAUCACAUUGAAUGCCCUUCCAGAAGAUCUGAAACAGUAUCUCCCCCCAACUGACACCCGACUUCGACCCGAUCAACGUGCAAUGGAGGAGGGAGACUAUGAUAUUGCCGCUAACGAAAAGCAUCGAGUUGAAGAAAAGCAACGAGCCAAACGAAGAGAGAGGGAGACAAAAGGAGAAGAGUACCAGCCAAAGUUCUUUAUUCGGAAAAAGUGCCCGAUUACUAGUGAAGAUUAUUGGGCGCACAAUGGGAAGUAUUGGGCCUCCAGGGAAGCACAGGACUGGAGUAUAUGUGAGGACAUCUUCUGA